AUGUUCUGUUUACUUGUAUUCCUUUUGUUCUUCAAUCGACUUCUUGCAGCAUUCAUUGCUCCAAACGAACACGACCAGAUAGUCAACGGGCUAGUUCGGCGGCAGGGAACUCCUUCCUCCUCGUCUUCAGCUACUACAACGCGGAGACCUGACGCACAAUGCACCAACGGGCCAUUCACUCGCCAAUGUUGGGGUGAUGGCUUCAGUAUCGCCACCAACUAUGACAGCACGUGGCCUAGAACUGGCAAAGUUGUCAAGUACCAUCUCGAGGUCCAGAAUGUCACCAUGGCGCUCGAUGGGGUCUCUCGAGUCGUCUAUGCUGUCAACGGCCAAUACCCGGGCCCAACGAUUCGGGCUAGCUGGGGUGACACCUUGCAGAUCACAGUCAAGAAUGGCUUGACAACUAAUGGCACCAGCUUCCACUGGCAUGGCAUCCGUCAGUACUUGACAAAUGACAUGGAUGGCACCAACGGUGUCACUGAAUGCCCUCUUGCCCCAGGCAAAUCUCGGACAUAUACUUUCCUGUGCACUCAAUUUGGGUCGACGUGGUAUCACAGCCAUUACUCCGACCAGUACUCUGAUGGAGUUGUCGGCACCAUGAUCAUAGAUGGGCCUGCCACAUCCAACUAUGACAUUGAUCUUGGUGCUUAUCCCAUCACCGACUGGUACUACCGCCCAGCGUUUGAACUGGCGCCUUUGCUCAAGGCUGGUCUCAUACCCCGUGGUGCGACGGGCGACACCUUAUUGAUAAAUGGCACCAAUGUCAACAUCAAUGGCACGUUGGGCAAAUAUCAUCGAAACACCCUAACAAAGGGCAAAAAAUAUCGUCUUCGUCUCAUGAACACAUCCACCAAUGACAACUUCAAGGUUGGUCUCGACGGUCACAAUUUUACUGUCAUCAGUGCCGACUUCACACCUAUUGUACCAUAUCAGACCCCUUGGUUAUUCAUUGGAGUUGGCCAACGCUAUGACGUGAUCAUCAACGCCAAUCAAGCUGUCGAUAGCUACUGGCUACAUGUAGUCCCUCAAACGGGUUGCAGUAGCAAUCUGAACAAGAAUGCCUUGGCUAUCUUCACUUACGAAGGCGCUAACUCCACCAAGCCUCCCACCGCUGCCAUGUCCAAUGCUCCAGCUAGUAACGACUGCACAGACGCCAACGACAAGAUCGUACCAUACGUCAAACUCAAUGUACCCGACAAUUAUACCAUUCCAGCUCGUUCGCGUCUCGACGUAGGCUUUGCCAUCCUCCAGGAUGCUGGUGGCCAGACCCUGUUCCAGUGGAAUCUGAACUUCACCGCCAUUGUCGUCCCGUGGCACAAGCCUACCUUGCAGAGCGUGCUCGAAAGCAAUCACACCUUCCCACCCGACAUGAACCUUAUUGCCUUGCCGGAGGCAAACACCUGGUCGUACUGGGUCAUUCAAGCCGUACCAACCAUCGCACCACCUGUCGCCCAUCCAAUCCAUCUCCACGGCCACGAUUUUUACGUGUUAGGUACAGGAACAGGUAUCUACAACAACUCACAGACCCUGCAAUACAAAAAUCCUCCGCGCCGAGACGUGGCCAUGCUACCCGCAUCAGGAUACCUUGUGCUUGCCUUCAUCACCGACAAUCCUGGAGCCUGGCUGAUGCAUUGCCACGUUGCGUGGCAUGUGGGCUUGGGUCUCGGAGCACAAUUUUUGGAGGAGCCGGACAAGAUCACUUCCUUGGGCAUCGGCUCUGACUUUGAGAAACAAUGCACCGAUUGGAACACGUACACGCAAACGGCAAUCUUUGGACAGUCUGACUCGGGCUUGUAG